GAAGAGUUCAGACUUAUCCUUGUGGAGCUGUUAGGACGAUUCGUUAGUUCGCUUGGACGCUAUUCUCAUUUUCACAAGUAAUCUGAGCAAAGUAUUGUCAGAGCACUGGUGGCUAUCAAACUGCAAGGCAAGGCAAGGCAGAAAUUUUCACACCAUUCUAUCGUGUCUUUUCUGUGGACCAAGUUUCACGUGGAAAAAGGGAAAAGUUAUAUUUGGAAUAGAAGAGAUCUCCGCCAAGUUAACGCGGUGUAGUAUCGUGAGGAACGUAGUGAACUGAGUAAAUCGAUUAAAGGUUAAAUUGCGAAGUGAAGUUAAACUAUAUACGGUGAAACUUUCUCGUAAAGUUUUUUUUUCAAUAUCUUGUUAAAUCUGUUGUUCGAGAACCAUCCACGGUCCCGCAAAGUUGUGCAAAUAAGGAAAAAAAGUGCGAACUUUCUCGCGUGGUAGUUGUACGUUUUAUCCUCGUUUUUUUAUCACGUCAAAUUUUCUUUUAAUUUCAUUAACAUUUAACAACAAUUCUCAGUGACUGUUAAAGUGCUGUUUAGUUUCGAGUUAAUUACAAGUUAUACGUUAACUAUAAGUUAUUGGAAAGAUCUGCUGUCUUCCAGUUAUUUGCGAAUUAAGUUGGUUGUGUUGAUUAAAAAUCAAUUCAAAACAUCGAGUGCAGAAGUGUUUGAAAACUUUCCGAAGUGUGUGAGACUGUGAUAUAAAUCAGUUCAGUGAAAUCCUAGCAACCGCAGUUAGUCGUGCUUGGAAAAGUGCUUUCGAAAACGCGCCCGUCAAGUGUCAAUUAAAAAACUGAAAAUCUCGCUGUGCGAGUAGAAUGGCUCCACCCAACAAUGAGCUAUCAUCGCUAGUGAUUGUGCCUCCUCGUAAGACGAUCGAACAACAUUAUGAUGAGGACAUUACCGAUCAACAGUCAACAAAACCGUCUGUCGAUUGGGAAGCACCAGCAGCACAAGGUCUUUAUGAUCCACAAAACGAACAUGAAGCAUGCGGUGUAGGUUUCAUCGUGUCAAUCGAAGGGAAAGCCAAUCAUAAGAUCUUACGCGAUGCCCAAACGCUUGCCAUUCGUAUGAACCACCGUGGAGCGUGCGCAUGUGAUAACGAUACUGGCGAUGGCGCCGGUGUUUGCGUGUCAAUCCCGCAUGACCUAUAUACCAAGGAUCUUGCACUUCGCGGCAUCCAUCUGCCGGAAUUGGGUCGUUAUGCUACCGGCAUCUUCUAUUUCGAUAAAAAUUCGCAUCUCGAAGCAAAAAAGGAUUUUAACUCGCUGGCAGAAAGCUUGGGAAUACAAGUGAUCGACUGGCGUGAGGUUCCGACCAAUCAGGAUGCGGUCGGUGCCGUCGCUCGCAAGAGUGAACCGAUGUCGCAGCAGGUUUUCGUCACGGCCGACGUCGACGAAGAAACCUUCAAAAGGCAAGUAUUUGUCUUGCGUAAACGUGCCACCCAUGAACUGCAGCGCCCGGGGCGCCGCUUCUACAUCUGUUCGCUAUCAACAAAGACUAUCGUCUAUAAAGGUCUUUUCACAUCGGACCAAUUGUGGGAGUAUUAUCUCGAUCUGAAAAAUCCGGAGUUUACGACCUACCUGGCACUGGUACAUACUCGAUUCAGUACCAACACAUUUCCAUCCUGGGAGCGAGCCCAUCCGUUACGAGUGUUGGCCCACAACGGCGAAAUCAAUACUCUUCGUGGCAAUGUCAACUUUAUGAAGGCUCGUGAAGGUGUCAUGAAAAGUGAACUGUUUGGUGACGAACUCAAGAGAUUGUACCCUGUAGUCGAACCUAAUCUAUCCGAUUCCGGCUCAUGUGACUGCGUACUGGAGUUUUUGACUCAAGUGGGCAAUCGAUCUUUGCCAGAGGCUGUGAUGACUAUGGUUCCUGAGGCAUGGCAAAACGACCGUACUAUGUCGCAGGAGAAGCGUGACUUCUAUCACUGGUCCGCUUGCGUAAUGGAACCCUGGGAUGGACCGGCGCUGAUCUCUUUCACUGAUGGACGUUACAUCGGUGCCAUCCUGGAUCGUAACGGUUUGCGUCCAUCGCGAUUCUACGUGACCCGUGACAAUUUGCUGAUCAUGGCUUCGGAAGUUGGUGUAUACGACGUUGAUGCUAAAGAUGUUGUACUCAAGAGUCGUCUCAAGCCAGGUCGAAUGCUGUUGGUUGACACCGAACAAAAAGCGCUGAUUCAGGACAUAGAGUUAAAGUCACAGAUUGCCCGCUCACGUCCGCACUCCGAAUGGCUGCAGGAGCAGAUAACAAUGGAUGAGAUCCGCCAAGAGGCCAUAGAGAGGAACAUUUACGCCGAUAUAGAGAAAUAUCAACCUUUGGAGAACGAGAAAGGCAUCAUGGAUCCACGAUUGCAGUUGUAUGGCUAUACCACCGAAACCAUCCACAUGUUGCUGCUGCCGAUGAUCAAGAACAAGAAAGAAGCGCUCGGCUCGAUGGGCAACGACGCACCCCUUGCUUGCCUCUCUGAAUUCCAACCAUUGCCGUACGAGUAUUUCAAGCAGCUUUUUGCCCAGGUUACUAACCCUCCAAUCGAUCCAUUCCGUGAAAAAAUCAUCAUGUCCCUGCAGUGCCCAGUUGGACCCGAGGCCAAUCUGCUGGCGGCAUCUCCAUCGCAGGUACACCGAAUCUGGCUAGAUAAUCCUAUCUUGAGCAUUCCGGAUGUUGAAGUUCUUAAACGAAAUCAGCAUCGCGGAUGGAAGACUAAGAUUAUCGAUAUUACGUUUCCAGUUAGAGAAGGACCGGAGGGUUACGUUGUGGCACUGCGACGGGUGUGCGCCGAGGCUCAAACCGCCGCUAAGGGCGGCUAUCAGUUGCUGGUUUUGUCGGACCGUGCUUCCAGCCGUGUGCGCGCACCUGUCUCCGCGUUGCUUGCUCUGGGUUCCGUGCAUCAUAAUCUAAUCGAAUCUCGCCAACGCAUGAAGGUAGGCUUGAUCAUCGAGACAGCUGAAGCCCGAGAGGUGCACCACUUCUGCGUCCUUCUAGGAUACGGAGCUGAUGCCAUUUGUCCAUACUUGGUCUUUGAAUUGGCCGAAUCACUUCGCGAUGAAACAGUUAUCGAUCCAGCACUUACUGAUGAGGUUAUCUACAAAGCGUACGCAGAAGCUGUCGAGACCGGCAUCCUGAAAGUCAUGGCGAAAAUGGGAAUUUCCACACUGCAAUCGUACAAAGGUGCCCAAAUUUUCGAAGCCGUCGGCAUGGGAACCGAUGUGAUUGACUUUUGCUUCCGCGGUACUCAGUCGCGUAUUGGUGGCGUGAACCUUGAGGUUCUGGCAAAGGAGGGACUUCUACGGCAUGAUCUUGUGUAUGGCAGCCAAAACGCUGAUACAAUAAUUCUACGUAAUCCCGGUCAAUAUCACUGGAGAGCUGGCGGUGAGGGUCACAUCAAUGAACCAGCUGCCAUUGCUGCCCUGCAGGAAGCUUCUGAGAAUGCAAACAAAGGAGCUUACGCCCGUUUCCGUGAUACAACGAUGCGUAGUGUCCAGCAGUGUGCUUUGAGAGGACAGCUCGAGUUUGUAAAGGGUCGUCCAAAGAUUGACAUCAACGAGGUUGAACCAGCUAGCGAGAUAGUUAAACGGUUUGCCACUGGAGCUAUGAGCUUCGGUAGUAUUUCGCUGGAAGCGCACACUACGCUGGCUAUCACUAUGAAUCGAAUUGGUGGUAAAAGUAACACUGGUGAAGGGGGUGAGAAUGCUGAUCGUUAUUUGAAUCAGGAUCCGCACUAUAACAAACGCUCUGCUAUAAAGCAGGUAGCUUCGGGUCGAUUCGGAGUCACGGCUGCUUAUAUAGCUAAUGCCGAUGACCUGCAGAUCAAAAUGGCGCAAGGUGCAAAACCCGGUGAAGGUGGAGAACUUCCCGGAUACAAGGUUACGCGGGACAUUGCCAAGACUCGUCAUUCGGUUGCUGGUGUGGGCUUGAUUUCGCCGCCCCCGCAUCAUGAUAUCUACUCGAUCGAAGAUCUGGCAGAAUUAAUUUACGACUUAAAAUGCGCUAACCCAAGGGCUCGCAUUAGCGUUAAGUUAGUAUCGGAGGUCGGAGUUGGCGUGGUAGCAUCAGGCGUUGCCAAAGGAAAAGCAGAGCAUGUUGUAAUUUCCGGCCAUGAUGGUGGCACCGGAGCUAGUUCAUGGACUGGCAUCAAAUCAGCUGGAUUGCCAUGGGAGCUGGGUGUAGCUGAAACUCAUCAGGUGUUAGUGCUGAACGAUUUACGUUCCAGAGUUGUGGUCCAAGCUGAUGGACAACUGCGUACCGGCUUCGAUGUUGUAGUUGCUGCCAUACUUGGUGCAGAUGAGUUUGGAUUCAGUACUGCUCCGUUGAUCGUGAUGGGAUGUACGAUGAUGCGUAAGUGCCAUCUGAACACUUGCCCAGUCGGUAUCGCUACUCAAGAUCCCGUAUUACGUGCCAAGUUCGCUGGAAAGCCCGAGCAUGUUAUUAACUAUUUCUUCAUGUUGGCAGAAGAGAUUCGUGAAAUUAUGGCUAGUUUGGGACUACGCAAAUUCCAGGAGCUGAUUGGUCGCACAGAUCUGCUUCAGGUUCGUAAAAACGUAAACCAAAAAGCUUCUUUGCUUGAUCUGCAGAUGUUGUUGAAAAGUGCAUUGGAUCUUCGCCCGGGUACCAAUAUCGUUGGAGGAUCUCUGCGUCAGGACUUCUCACUUGUUGAGCGGGUCGAUAACUAUUUGAUUGAAAAAUGCCAGGGUGUUCUGGCUGGAAGCGAACAGUCUAUUACCUUGGAUAUGAAAAUUAAAAAUGAAGAGCGUGCAUUUACCAGCACACUGAGCUACGAAAUCGCACGUAAAUAUGGAGAUUCUGGUUUACCGGAAGGUCGGUCAAUCAACAUUAAUCUAACCGGAUCUGCUGGUCAAAGUUUCGGAGCCUUUUUGGUAAAAGGUAUUAACUUAAACCUGGUUGGUGAUGCCAAUGAUUAUGUUGGCAAAAGUUUGUCCGGAGGAACCAUCGUCAUUCGACCGCCUGAGGAGUCACCAUUUGAAUCGCAUUUAAAUGUAAUUGUGGGCAACGUUUGCUUGUAUGGUGCCACCUCAGGAAGGGCAUAUUUCCGAGGUAUUGCUGCGGAACGUUUCUGUGUACGAAAUUCUGGAGUAACUGCCGUAGUGGAGGGAGUAGGCGACCAUGGUUGCGAAUAUAUGACUGGCGGCAUGGUUUUGAUUUUGGGAUUGACUGGCCGAAAUUUCGCCGCUGGUAUGUCCGGCGGUAUUGCUUACGUGCUGGAUACUGAUGGUACAUUCCGCUCCAAGGUCAACCCUGGAAUGGUUGAACUGCUUGGAUUAGAUCUGGAUGAAGAUCGUUUGGUUGUAAAAACUUUGUUGGAAGAGUUUGUCGAAACAACCGAUUCAGAAAUUGCUAAGGAGCUUCUGUCAAAGUGGCCAGAACCUUGUCAGCAAUUUGUUAAGGUAUUCCCUUACGAGUAUCAGAAAGCGCUUAAGGAACAGAAAGAAGAACUGGCUUUACAGAAAGAGCUUAAAGCCAUCACCAAUGGUACACCCAAACACGAACCAAAGGUUAAGGAUAUCGAAGAAACGAUACAAGAUGCCGCAUUAGCCAAGAAAAAGCUGGAUCAAGCUUUGGACAAAACGCGCGGUUUUAUCAAAUACAAACGAGAAACAGCGGUUUACCGUAACGCCGUAGAACGACAAAAGGAUUGGAAGGAAGUGUUCAACUUCGCUCAUGUUCGAAAAAAUCUAAAAAUGCAAGCAGCUCGUUGUAUGGAAUGUGGAGUACCUUUCUGUCAGUCUAACUCGCAUGGUUGUCCGUUGGGCAAUAUUAUUCCCAAAUGGAACGACCUGGUAUUCCAAGACGACUGGAAAGAGGCUAUUAACCAGUUACUGCAAACCAAUAACUUCCCCGAAUUCACGGGACGCGUUUGCCCGGCCCCUUGCGAAGGUGCUUGCGUUCUGGGCAUUUCUGAGCCAGCUGUUACGAUCAAAAAUAUUGAAUGUACCAUUAUUGAUCACGCUUUCGAGCAAGGCUGGAUUACACCGCAAAUUCCGGCUGAACGAACUGGCAAGAGGGUUGCCAUUAUCGGGUCCGGUCCAGCCGGUCUGGCCGCAGCCCAGCAACUUAACAAAGCUGGUCAUCUUGUAACAGUUUUUGAACGAAAUGACCGUCCUGGAGGGCUGCUCCAAUAUGGUAUUCCAACUAUGAAACUAUCUAAACAAGUUGUCAAACGGCGCAUUGAUUUGAUGAUUGAUGAAGGUAUUGAAUUCAAAUGUAACGUUCACAUUGGCAAGGAUCUAAUGGCGUCGCAACUGGAGCAAGAUUAUGAUGCGGUUUUGUUCACCACCGGUGCUACCUGGCCGCGUGAUCUAAAUCUGCCGAACAGAGACCUUAAAGGCAUUCAUUUUGCAAUGGAAUUUCUGGAGGGAAGCCAGAAAAGGCUGCUUGGUACUCGCUCGGAUUGCAUUUCGGCUGAAGGAAAGAACGUCAUUGUCAUUGGCGGUGGCGAUACCGGUUGUGAUUGUAUAGCAACUUCUCUGCGGCAAGGUGCUAAAACGAUCACUACUUUCGAAAUUUUGCCGACGCCACCGGAGAAAAGAGCACACGAUAACCCAUGGCCUCAGUGGCCGAAAAUAUUCCGAGUCGAUUACGGUCAUGAAGAAGUGCGCGUGAAAUGGGGCAAAGAUCCUCGCCAGUAUAGCACAACUACAAAGGAGUUCAUUAGUGAUGGUAAUGGUCACAUCAAGGGGGUCAAUACGGUGCAGGUCGAGUGGACUCAAAGUCCGACUGGACAGUGGAAAAUGAACGAAGUUCCCGGUACUGAGAAACAUUUCCCUGCUGAUUUAAUUCUACUCGCUAUGGGCUUUUUGGGACCGGAACAGGCAGCUCCGACUGAGAUGAAACUUGAGUUGGAUGGUAGAGGAAACAUUAAAACGUCUGUUGGUACAUAUGGCACAGCUAAUCCGAAAGUGUUUGCCGCCGGAGAUUGUAGACGAGGACAGUCGCUAGUCGUGUGGGCAAUUUCUGAGGGAAGACAGGCAGCUCGACAGGUCGAUUGCUAUCUAAUGGGUAAGCCAAGCUCACUUCCGGGUCCAGGAGGUGUUGUAGAUCCCACGCGAGGACCGUAAAUCUCAAAAAGGCAUUAUACAAUACAACAUAUAUAUGUGUAGCAGAGCUUUAUUGACUCACCUCAUAAAAGUGCGGAAAUCUAUCGAUAUUGAUAGUUCCGGAAGCGAUAUUUCCAGGUCAGACAUUCAACAUUCAAUCAGUAAGAACUAAUCACUGGUUUACUAUUAAACAAUAUACAGUAAAGUAUGUUCGAUACGUCCAGUAGGUUCGAUGCGAACUCAAAACAGAUGGAAGUGGAACAGGUCUAGUUAUCCUUAUUUGUUUCUCUUAGUUUAUGGGAUUCAUCAUUGUUCGUAAAAUAUUAUAGGAUACUAUUUACUAAUACUACUAUACUACUACUACUCAUGUUUAAUAUAAAUGAUUGUGAUUUAUGUUUUUUUUCAAACACUUCAUUGUAUUAUUCUUUAAACGCUAAAACGCUUUAUAAUGAUGAAUAAAUUUUAAUUUUAUUAUCUCUAAUUCAUCCACCAAAAACUUGUAAUUAUCAUUUACCAAUAGCUAAGGCGAAUCGAUAUCUAAAUUCGUUGAAUUAAGUGGAAAGAAUUUCCGACAAUUUUAAUUUAUACUGUGAUGUAACUUUUUCGAAUAUAAGAAACAUAAAAGUUGCCAACUAUAAAGUGACAUGCUUAAAGCAGACGAUACAACAUAUCUGUGUUAAUAUUGUCAUUUUAUAAGACAAACGGUUAGAGAUUUAAUCAUGUUGAUUAGUCGCUAUUUUGGUUAUUCGUUCGAAAAUACAGUUUCGUUUAUCUGCUGCUUCUUGUUUUUUGAUUUCCAUCUCAUCUUCAUUCUCCACUGCGUUGACAUAGGCUGUCCAUCAAAUCUGGCCGAUAAAAAUCGGAGAACCAAUUGUUAUUAUUUCACUAAAUAUCUCCAAAUAUACCUCAAAUAUCAUCGGCUGACUAAUGUCCGAAACAAAUUACACAAGCUUGAAAGACUUCAGUGGUAACUGGUAAUUUAGGUUGGUGAAAAUCUCGCCCAUAUUGCAUGAAUCGACUGGUUUUUCGCUACAAUCAUCUCACUUGACACGUUUAUCAUCAACCUGUCUCACGUCAGUAGCCACGAAUUGAAAUAUGUUUGUGGGUAGAACAGUCAAUUAAAUAUGACAUAAAAAUGACAUACACUACGAAGACACUUAUUUUGAAAAAAUAAGUUUAAAAUCUAUACUGAAACGUGUUAUUUAUGUGUAUUGACAAUAAUUAGAAAUCUAAUGUUUGUAUGAUUACCAGCCUAUACACCCGAGUUAACCAUUAUUGUAGUGGUUUUAUGGCUUAUUAAAGCUUAUAAGCGUAGAAAAGAGCAAAAAAGAACGAGUCCCUUUUACAACCAACAAUCAACAGAAAACACUCUAUUUAACCACCGUGUACUAUUGGUUAAUUUCAAUUGUGGCUGCGAAAUAGAUAAAUUUGAUCACAUAUCUGCCCUGCCAAAGCGAGUCAUUCCCCGGAUAUAUUUUAUCGUUAAAAUUUACAUGCAUUGACAGCGGGUUAUUUUAACUUUGUAAAACAUAAAAUUACUGGUGUAAUCAAACGCAAAAUGCUAACUAUGUCCUUGUUAAUUGAAUAUCAAUAACCUUUGCGCGAAUACGUGUACGUUACUUUAAGUUAGGCUAAACUAUAUAUUCAUAUAUUAUCAGUAUAAGUGCUAUACACUAUUGAGUCGUAUUUAACAAAUGUUCCAAGUCGUUCGAAGUUAUAGGCAUAGCUCCGAUGAGGAUUGGCAGAUACAUAUUUACAACAACGUUGAAGCUUCAACCACAAUUAAGAAGAAUAAAUGGCAAUAUGAAACCGUGUUAAGAUUAUCAAUAUUGAAUGAUUAAAAUCCUAUACAAAAAAACAAUGCACUGACAUUCGGGAAUAAAGGAACCGUUCAAGCUUCUGACGUGACCCGUCGAACCCGUGGAAGCGUAAUACCAAAUUACAGACGAAGUUACUAUCCGACACAGUGCACCAUUCAGAAAACCGUCAUCAUGUAGAUCAUUACAAACAGCA